CGCGUGCCGCGGCAUCGCGCGAGGGACGCCGCCACCUCCUCCCACGCAGCAGCCCUGUCUUCCCUCUCAGCCGUUCAGGUUGAAUCGACCAAAGCGAUGGUUAUGGAGAAGCCUAGUCCCCUGCUGGUCGGGCGGGAGUUUGUGCGACAGUACUACACCCUGCUGAACCAGGCCCCGGACAUGCUGCACAGAUUUUAUGGAAAGAACUCUUCCUAUGCCCAUGGGGGCUUGGAUUCCAACGGGAAGCCAGCAGAUGCAGUCUACGGGCAGAAGGAAAUCCACAGGAAAGUGAUGUCACAAAACUUCACCAACUGCCACACCAAGAUCCGCCACGUGGAUGCUCACGCAACUCUGAAUGACGGGGUGGUGGUCCAAGUGAUGGGGCUACUGUCCAACAACAACCAGGCUCUGCGGAGGUUCAUGCAGACCUUUGUCCUUGCUCCUGAGGGUUCUGUUGCCAACAAAUUCUAUGUUCACAAUGACAUCUUCAGAUACCAAGAUGAGGUCUUCGGUGGCUUUGUCACAGAGCCUCAAGAGGGUGAAUCCGAGGAAGAAGUAGAGGAACCUGAAGAAAGACAGCAGACACCAGAGGUGGUGCCCGAUGAUUCUGGAACUUUCUAUGAUCAGACUGUCAGCAAUGACUUGGAGGAGCAUUUAGAGGAGCCUGUUGUGGAACCAGAGCCAGAGCCAGAACCGGACCCAGAGCCUGAACCUGUGCCCGACAUUCAAGAGGACAAGCCUGAGCCUGCAUUGGAAGAAGCUGCUCCCGAGGAUGUGCAGAAGAGCACUUCCCCUGCUCCGGCAGAUGUGACCCCAGCACAGGAGGACUUAAGGACAUUUUCUUGGGCAUCUGUGACCAGUAAGAACCUUCCUCCCAGUGGGGCUGUUCCAGUGACGGGGACACCACCUCAUGUGGUUAAAGUGCCAGCAUCACAGCCCCGUCCAGAAUCUAAGCCUGACUCUCAGAUUCCACCACAAAGACCUCAGAGGGAUCAGAGAGUUCGAGAGCAGCGGAUUAAUAUCCCUCCUCAGAGAGGACCCCGACCAAUCCGUGAGGCUGGUGAACCAGGAGAUGUGGAACCUCGAAGGAUGGUGAGGCACCCUGACAGUCACCAGCUGUUCAUCGGGAACCUGCCACAUGAGGUUGACAAGUCGGAACUGAAGGAUUUUUUCCAAAACUAUGGGAAUGUGGUGGAGCUGCGCAUCAACAGUGGCGGGAAGUUACCCAAUUUCGGAUUUGUUGUGUUUGAUGAUUCUGAACCCGUUCAGAAGGUCCUUAAUAAUAGGCCCAUCAUGUUCCGAGGCGCAGUCCGCCUGAAUGUGGAAGAGAAGAAGACUCGAGCUGCCAGGGAAGGUGACCGAAGGGAUAACCGCCUUCGGGGACCUGGAGGCCCCCGUGGUGGGCCAAGUGGUGGGAUGAGAGGCCCUCCCCGCGGAGGCAUGGUGCAGAAACCAGGCUUUGGCGUGGGCAGGGGGAUUACAACUCCAAGGCAGUGAAUUGCUUGGCUCAGAUCUCCACACAGCACACAGCCCCGGCUCCUGCAGAAUGGUGAAUUCCUUCAACCAGCCUUUGGUGUCUCGGAGUAGUCUAUUAUAAACUGCUUGAGUUUGUACAAUUUUAAUUUCGCUUGUGUUCAUGGUGUGUGCUCCCCAAACCCCUUUCCUCCCUUGACCCUUUAGUCCUUCAUUCCCGGUUUUCUGGAAUGAUACUUUAGGAGGAAUAGAUUUAUAAAGAAGAAGAGGAAAGACUGACCUUCCUGCUCACGCUGCAUACACAGACUGGAGUUUCACGGCCAUUCCCCAGAGGAGCAUAUCACUGACAAUGGAUGUUUCAUUUGUUGGGAGACACAGGAUUUGAUAAACAUUUUGGAAGCAGGAAAAAUCAAGACACGACUCCUUUCUGGUGUGGAAAAAUUGCCUUUUGGCAACUGCCACUGGGUCCCUGCUGGUGUGGCUAACUGAAUAAAAGGUGUUUCCAGAACUUUGUUCUUUUGACAUGUGAUUACCAAACAAUUCUAAACCUCCAUUUUUACCAUUGGAUUUUAAAUUGUGACGUAGCCUGUCAAUGUCUAGAACACAGCUAAGGACUUUUGUUGAACUGUUAGAUUUUUUUGAGGUAGAGUUUUUCAUGUUUUAUUUGUAUUUGUAAAAAAAAAAAAAGAAAAAAAUAGAAAAAAGAAAAAAGGACAAAAAAUUCCCAUGAGAAAACAAACCCCCAAAUCUGAUAACAAAGCCAAGCAAAACUGUGCCUUCUAUUUAUCUUUGAUUCCAGUCCUGGCAAUUGUCUAAAGAAAAGUAAUAAAGAUUCUAGAUUUGUUUUCAGAUUCAGAGUAUGUGGGGGAACUGUAGAAUUUUUUGAUCACCUGUAUGUGUCGUGUUAACAUUGUUCUGCCUUAUCCUAAAAUCACGCCUCAGACUGGGAUGCUUUUGAGGAAGGUGCUUCUGUGAGGCCUGUGACCUCAGUGGCUCUGUGCGCCACACUCUAUUCUGCUGUCUGUCUGGGUUCCUGGUGGGCCAUAAGAAAAAUUUGGUUGAAUAUCGGACUUGGCUAAUGUGCUCCAGGGUCUGCAUUUUUUUUUUCUUUAAAUCAUAGCCAUAUGGUAAAUUUUCUAUUUUGUUACGGUUCUCUUUUACUGAUGGACAUGCAGUGGGUGUUUUUUGGAAAAAGGCCAAUUUUUAUUAAAAUAUUUCUGGAAGAAAACUUCAUCUGGCAAUGUAGACUGCUAAAACUCACUUCCCAGUGUUGUGUGUUGAGUGCUGUGUGUGACAUGGGUGAAGAAGGUCUUGUCCACACAAGCUUCUGUGGGCAAGUCAUUAUUAGUCUGUAGGCAACCAGAGUGUCAAACUUAACUUUUCCUAAUGUUCAUGUGUGUGUGUGUGUUUGUGUGUGUGUGUACAUGUGUAUGUCUUUAUACAUGGGUGUACCACAGCAUGCUUGUGGAAGUUAGGAAAUCUUGGGAGCCAGGCCUUAUAUUCCACUGUUUGAAAUUGGCCCAUAAGCCACAAGCUUCUAUGGGCUCCUGUGUCUGCCUCUCUGUCUUGCUGUAAGGGCACAGGGAUUUUAGGCAUGUGCUGUCAUGUCUGGCUUUCCUGUGGCUUCUGGGGAUUAGAGUCAGAUCUUCAUACUUGGACAUAGUGCUUUAGCCUCAGCCGUCUCCCUAGCUCUCUAACUGUCUCAGAACUGUCCCAGACAGAUAUGUGUUCUGGUUUUGUUGUCAGAAAGGGUAGUUGGGUUGAAAACGGUGUGAGAUUGUCAGGUUUGGUCUCAGUACCUUACAGAUCUGAAUAUUGGUAGCAUCUGCUUGUGAACUGAGGUAACCAGAUCACAUGACUGUUUUGGGGUCAGUUUCAUUGUGUCAGACAGCGAUAAUGCAAACAUGUGCAGCAUGUCCUGUAAUAAAGCUUAUGGUGACAAGAAAGUCAACUGAACCAGGCUUGGUGGCUCAUGACGAUAAUCCCAGCACUCAGGAGCAAAAAAAGCAUGUGGUUCUGUGGGCUAAUCUGGUCUGUGAAGCAAGUUCCAGUCCCACCAAGGUUGCAUAGUGUGACUGUCAAAAAACAAGACGAAAGGGCAGCAAAGAAAAGAUACCCCACAUUACUUCUGAGAAAAGUCCAAGUGUUACCUAAUGACACAGGCCUGUAUAUUCUCUGAUGCUAGAGGCCUCAGGCACAGGAAAAUCUCAAGUUCAAGGCUAGACUGGCCCAUACAAUAUUUACUAAAAGUUUCAGUACCUUGGAUGAAUCUAAAAAUGAUUUUCACAAGUACUAGGUCUUGGCAUUUAGAAAAAAAAAUCUUCCUAGUCAGGAGUAUUUACCUGAUGAGUUGAUUAACGUUUGCAGUGCAGGGUAAGGAGUCGAGAGAGCAUGGCAUUGCCCUUUAAUCUUUGGAGACCAUGGGUAACAGGAUGAUCUGGAUUGAUCUGAGAAAUAGAACAACCUGUGGGUGGGUUAGGAUAUGAAAGGCCCAUUCUCUUCUACCUCAGAUAAAUGUGUAACAGAACAGCCAUGUCUGUCUGUGUGUGUGCAUGCGUUAGUAUAGGGAUGUAGCAGUACACCCCUGUUGCUUGUGACUGGUUAGGGAACUGCUUCAGCCCUACCCUACUUCCCGGCAGUGGCAUUGGGAUGGGAGUGUGCUUUUGAAGGGCAAGGGCCGUAGCUUGGCAGGACAUUUUGCACUGCUCAGAAUCUGUCUUGUCAGUGAUACCAUGGAAUGAUGCCUACAUCGGAGUUCCAGAGGCGCUCAUGGUCACACAAAGCACAGGCUUUGUCAGAAGUGACUGACCUUCUCAUGUCAAAUUAAGAUUUGAUCUGUAGGGAAGACUCAGUGGAUGGUUCUUUACUACUGAGCUUAAGACCUAGGACCCAUGAUGGGUAGUUUAGCCAAGCGAGUCUUUCUUUAGUUUUUUUUUUUUUUUUAUGUGUACAUGUUUGGGUGAAUGUUGGCCACAUGUAUACAGGUGUCUGAGGACGCUCAUGGCCCCUUGGAGCUGAAGUUACAGGUGAGAGAGCCCUCCUACAUAGGUGUUGGGAAUCGAACUUAUGUCCUGGAAGAGCAGCAAGAUACUCUUUAGUCACGAGUCUCUGUUUUCAGACCUGUUGGAAGUAAGUAAAUCUUAACCAAAACUUAUCUUUGCUUUCAUUGUGAGGUGGUAUUCCUGUGCUCUGCAGUCUCAACUGCUGCUUUGGAACAGUGGGAGUUGUAAAGUUGAAAUAAGGCCUGUGGCACAGGCUUAAUCCUGGUGCUCAGGAGACCAAGGUGAGAGGACUGUGAAUCCAAAACCAGCCUUGAUUACAAAGCAAAAGCCUGGCUCAAGAACAAUCCAGCAAAACCAGUGUGGCCCACUUAGUUUUCAUGUCUGCCUUGGAAUAUGGCACAGUAAGAAGGGGAAGAGAUGGUGGGAAGCAAUUGAGUCAGCAGAGCUUCCGGGAGCAGGCAGGGCUUCAGGCAGCACUUGCAGUAUUGAGUCAGGAGCCCACGUCCUUCGAGUGCCCGAGAGCUGGCUAUGUCUCGGGGGAAUUGGCACCCUGAAGACCCGAGUUGCAGUGGCAUUCAGAACACGGUAGGCCCCUGCUAAGUGAGCUCAUUAGUUGCCUUCUACAGAGCUGCUCCCCGACCACCUUUAGGGAUGCUUUCACUGUCUCAGCAAGCUGCAUUUUGUGAGGUGUGGGGAAGGGAACAGGUGGUUCUGUGUGUGUCCGUGGAAGCUUUGAGGGUUCCACAGGAGUCGUCCACUAUAGGUUUUUUUUUUUUGCUUGUUUUUGUCUUUUGAGACGUCUCACUGUGUAUUCCUAUCUGUUCUGGAACUUGCUACAUAGCCCUCCUUUUAAACUCAGAUUUGUCUUCCUCUGCCUGCUGAAAUGUUGGUAGUUACGGUGUGCACCGACAUGCCGGGCUCUACCUUGUUUUUUUUUUUUAAAUAAGGCUUCUCACCUGUUACUCUGAUUAAGCUGUGAUUAAGCCAGUGAGCUCCAGGGACCCACCCAUCUGCCUCCAUGUGACACCAGGUGUGUUCUAGAGAUUGAAUUCAGGUCCUUACUUUACAGAACAGUUUCUCUGGAGACAGGGUUUCUGUGUAUCCUGAGAUUUGCUCUGUAGACAAGGCUGGCUUCAAUCUCAGAGGUCCACCUGUCUGCCUGGUGGGAUUAAAGAUGCACACCAACACUGCUUUGCUUGGCCGUCACUUUUUCUGAGGUCCUUUGGCAUGCUGUAUUCUGUAUGUUGGUGGUUUUGCCCCAGGGGCAGCGUUUUGGGUGGAAGCAUGCCCUGUUGCCAGGCUAUGUAUAUGCCAUGUAUGUAUUGGGAACCCACCAUUUCUUUUCAUUGAUACUCCCGAGUGUUCUGAGACCUUAGCUUCACGUGCCUUCUCCCUGCACAUGUGCCUGUGUGCCCCCCCCACCUCUCUGUCUCAUGCUGGGUUUUGUCAAGACCUGUCACUGUUGAGCACUGUAAGUGAACAGAUUCACUUCCCCCUUCAUUUUGUUUGUCUGUUUGUAGCUCUGUCUCAUUCCUUGUCAUAAGCAGGGUCUUCCUAGAGGACUCUGCUUCUCUCAUGGUUCAGCCUGGAGUUGGAAUUACCACUGGAUUAGGUUGUGACUUCUUAAGGAACUGAGAACUGACACUUUAAAGUCCCCAUGAUGGUUGAGUCAGUGACUGGGGGGGAGGGGUAGCCUUCCAUUAAUUUCAGAUCCUGGUGACAUUUCAGUACAGAAAAUUCUUGGGAGGCUGGGGGUUGGGAGGCGGAGCAUGUGUGAGGGAGAAGUCCCUGGUCUAAAACUUCCUGCUUGUCCCUAGUCCCUUUUAGGCAUCGUCCCUGCAGAACAACUGACUUCUCACAAGCUCAGUACUCAAGCUCCACCCUGCUAGAAGAGUGGUCAGUUUCCUUCCUUCCUUCCUGCAUCCAGGGUUCAGUUACAUCCCAUCAUACUACCUCAACAGAUUUCCCAGCUCACCCCUCCCACCUCCAGAAUCUGAAACAACCCUGGCCUUGUAUCCCCGAUACGUGUUUUCUCUCACCAGCCCCAUAGACUGUAAGCCCCCUGUGGCAGGGUCUAUGAGUGAGCCGCCUGUGUUAACCUACAGUGGUACCUACCAAUAAAUAUUCAUGGCUGAACAAA